CAUCGUAGUUGGCUCAGACCUGAGACCUUUGACUUCAGAAUUAACCACUUUAUCACUAGGCCAACUGUCGUUCCUUCUUAGUCCUUCACUCCCAUCCAUCUGUCAAUGCAAACUUCUCAUAAAUGGAAAUUACAAGUGAGUAUAUACAACCUCAAUCCAACCACCUCAUUGUAUAUAAACUUGUCAGUCCUACACUUACUACAUACUAACAAAAACCUCACUCCACUUCACUAACUAACCUUUGAUCUCUCAACGCCACAACCACAAAUGUCUCUUUCUUGUCUAAAAACCGUCCUUGGUAAAAACCUCUCCAACCACCAUUUUCACAUCGACAACGCCACCGAUCUCCCUCCAUCGACCACCACCCGCGCCAAGACGUCACGGAACCACAUCAUCUCACCUUACAAUCCAUGCUAUAGGAUUUGGGAGACGUUCCUCGUCCUCCUCGUCGUCUACUCAGCCUGGAUUUCGCCUUUCCAAUUCGCAUUCCUGACCUACAAGCAAGACACCCUCUUUGUAGUGGACAACAUCAUCAAUGGCUUCUUCGCAGUAGACAUUGUCCUCACCUUCUUCCUCGCCUACCUCGACCCCCAGUCCCACGUUAUAGUAGACGAUCCAAAGAGAAUCGCAGUGAGGUAUCUAACAUCGUGGUUCCUCUUUGAUGUCUGCUCAACUAUUCCAUUCCAAUUUCUUGCAAUAUGCUUCACAUACAGCAGCGGCGGAUUGGGGUUCAACUUGCUCGCCAUGCUUCGCCUAUGGCGCCUCAGACGCGUUAGCUCCCUGUUCGCGAGGCUAGAGAAGGACAUCCGGUUCAACUACUUCUGGACUAGAUGCACCAAGCUUGUCGCUGUGACUCUUUUCGCGGUGCAUUGCGCGGGGUGCUUCAACUACAUGAUCGCGGACCGAUACUCGGACCCGAGGCGGACGUGGAUCGGGGCGGUGUAUCCGGAUUUCAAGGAGAUGGGGAUUUGGGACAAGUACGUGGCGGCAUUGUAUUGGUCGAUUGUGACGCUGACGACGACGGGGUAUGGCGACCUGCACGCGGAGAAUCCGAGGGAGAUGCUUUUCGACAUCGUGUACAUGCUCUUCAACCUCGGAUUGACCUCGUAUAUAAUCGGAAACAUGACGAAUCUCGUCCUCCAUUGGAGCUGCUCCACUGCGCACUUUAGGGACAGUAUUGCGGCGGCUUCGGAGUUCGUGAAGCGGAACCAGCUGCCUUCGGAUAUCAAGGAGCAGAUUCUUUCGCACAUGUGUGUGAAAUUCAAGACGGAGGGAGUGAAGCAGCAGCAGACAUUGAUGGAGCUGCCCAAGGCCAUUCGUUGCAGCAUUGCGCAGUUUCUCUUCUCCCCUGUUGUUCGACAAGCUUCCAUUUUCCAUGGUGUAUCACAAGACUUCCUUCUUCAAUUGGUGGCAGAAGUGGAAGCGGAGUGGUAUCCUCCAAGAGAAGACAUCAUCUUGCAAAAUGAGGCAUCAACAGAUGUAUAUGUAAUCAUCUCUGGAUCAGUGGAUUUUGUGGCGAAGAUCAAUGGACGUGAUCAAAUUAUUGGGAAGGCCUCUGCGGGAGAGAUGGUGGGAGAAGUUGGUGUUCUGUGUGAAAAACCGCAGCCGUUGGGCGUUCGGACGGCUGAGAUCUCUCAGACGCUACGGCUCAACAAGAACGCAUUUCUCAGCGUUCUCCGAUCCAAUCCUCAUGAUGAACACAUUGUUAUGAACAAUUUGUUUCAGAAACUCAAGGAGUGGAAAGGUGUUGACAUUGAGGGCCAAUAUGACCCGAGUCAAAUGCUCAAUAAUUGGUGGGAUUUGAAUUCGAGACCGUGCCAGAACUCUUCUGGCCACCUCGAGAUGGUAAGGCUCUCAGUGGAGAGGAAAGAGAAAGAGAAUACACGGAGCGAUGAACAUCAUCAUCAUCCAACAAAAGAUGAUGAGGUGCAAAAUCAAGGCAUGAUAGACCACCAUGAAAAUAGCCGGAAAUCAAGGUCGGAGAAGAGAGUAACGAUUCACAUGAAUUUCAAUGAGGAUAGGGUUGCACGAAAACAUCAUGGAAAGCUCAUAAUCCUACCCAAUUCACUACAAGAGCUUCUCAAAAUAGCAGGUGAAAAAUUUGGUGACAAGAAUCUUGAAAGAGUAGUAAACGAAGAAAAUGCACAAGUCGAAGACUUGAGCGUUGUGAGAGAUGGUGAUCAUCUCUUUCUUCUACCAAGAAAUGUGUGAAGGUGUUGAAAUGUGUUAAGUGAUGACUAUUAUCAUAUGCAAAUGCAUAAUGAUAUAUAGAGCAAUUUAUUCGCUCUUCAUUAAUCUAACUAGUAGUAAUAUUGACUGCAUAACAAGAAAUGAUUUCAAGCAAUAUAUCUGUUUCUAUGA